CCAUUCAGAAAGUGCAGGAAAGAUGGAUGACAAGAUUUAUUUUUUUUUACCUCUUUCUCGUCUCGUUUAUUGUUAACGUCUAUAUCGCUUGUCUAUAACUACAGUAAAUUGGCUCCUAUAUAUUUUUUAGAAGAAAGUAUUAAAAGUAACGCAUGGUCCAAACGAAGCAAAAUAGACAACAGGACAAAUUUGUAUUGAUAAGUUAUGACGAUUCCAAUAAACCAAACAUAAUUCACAAAGCACUCGGAAUUACUUAACAACAUAUUGAAAACUGGUAGAUAUAAUAAUGAAGAAGCGGCAUAUGCAGCAGCUAUUGUAUCACAAAUGCAGUCUAUUGAAACCGCUGUAGUAGCAAGAAAAAAACCAUUGAAAGCAUAUCUAUCUGAGAAACACACAGCAAUUCAUGAACUUUGCAGGAGCAUGAAAGAAGACUUUAGAUUUUAUAAAGAUCGCUUCGACUAUUUAACGGAACAAUGUCAUUUAUUAUUCUAUUCGAUGGAUAACGAGCAACAAAGUUCAUCAUUAUACCAAAUUCGUCAUAAAGUAUUACCCAUUGUACACAACGCAAGCACAGUAGCAGCAUCUACUCCCAUGAAUGAAUCCAUCUUCAAAACAAAAGUACGAAAUUUUCAGGAUAGUUUCAGAGUGGAUGAAGACGUAGAGGAGGAUUUAGAGAACAGCGACGGAGAAGAAGACGAAGAUGAUGAGGACGAGGAUGAAGAAGAGGAGGAUGAGGAAGAAGAAGAAGUCUUAGAAGAGGCAGAAGAAGAAGGAGACGAAGAGGAUGAUAACAUAGAACAAGAAGACAAUGAUGGCGAGAUUUAUGAGGAUUCAGAAAACGAAGACCAGCAGCCAAACAAUACUGAGACGGAGGGUAAUGCGGAAGAUGAAGGUGAUGAAGCUGCUAAUAAUUCUGUAGACGAUGAAGAGCAGACAGAUGAGGAAGAUCUGUUAGAUGCGGAAGAUAGUAUACUUGAAAAUAGCAGGAAUGUUCUAAUAAAUGGGCAGGAUGAAGACAGAAGAAAGUCACCAAAGCGUAAACUAAGGAACGACGAUGAUGAUAAUGAUGAGGAAGAUGAGGAAGAAGUUGACGAAAUCGAUGAAGACAACGAAGAGGAAGAGUUUGAAUUAGCUGAAGAUGAAGAUGACCAACCGCAAACAUCAAAAAAACGACGCCUUUCAACCGUUAUUUAACCAUGAGAAGGCAGUUCCCUUACAUCUGUGAGGUCACUUACAACUAAGCGCGCUACUCUAUUAGUUAUUGUUACUUUCCUUUCUCUGGAAAUUGUACUUAAUACAAAUAUAAUUUCAUAAAUCAAAAAGAAGGUUUUGAAAAGCAGACGAUCUGAGAAAGAUAACGUCAAUAUCAGAUCAUAGCAUCUGCUUAAAUUUUCUUACUGGUGCAACCUUAAUAAAUCAAGUACCCUAUUCUUGCAUUUAAAAAGAGA